UAUUCAACCUAAUUAUAUUGUAGCCUGGGGCGUCAACCUAUCUCGUUUGCUCAAAUACUAGCUCGAUGUGUCCUAGAUCUCACAUAUACAAACAAUAUAUCAUUGUGUUCAUUUUAAAUUUGAAUUCUAUGCAUAUCUCCCCUCCUCUUCUUCUUCUUCUUCAGGGUCCGCUAUAGGCGGUUUUGUAAUGUUACUUUGUGCAUUUCGUAUCUGAGGCGAGCUGUGGAACAAGAUCGAGUAUUUUUUAGAAUUGAUAUACGAUGCAUCAUUUCUAGAUGAAAUCAACUCAGGGCUGGCCUAUGGGCACAAAAGAUUCACCUAUGUUGCUUAUGGCUCGCCAUCGCAGCCAUUCAAAGAAGCCAACAUGGAUCAUUGUAUUGGUCUCAUUGGUCAGCUUGUUCUUGAUUUUUUCAUAUGUUUAUCCUCGGAAUUUCGCAGCAUGCUAUGUGUUCUCAUAUGAUGGCUGCGAGGCAUGGGAAAAUUGGAAUCCUCCCGCACUUACCAAAGAACUAACUGAUGAUGAAGUUGCUUCUCGAGUUGUAAUUAAACAUAUCCUUAGUAGGCCUCCCAUUAUAUCCCUCAAUCCCAAAAUUGCCUUCUUAUUUUUGACACCUGGUGCUUUACCGUUUGAAAAGUUGUGGGACAAAUUUUUCCAGGGUAAUGAAGGAAGAUUUUCUGUGUACGUUCAUGCAUCCAAGGAUAGACCCGUUCAUUUUAGCCGUUAUUUUAUCAAUCGGGAAAUUCGUAGUGACACGGUAGAGUGGGGGAAAAUUUCAAUGGUUGAUGCUGAAAGACGGCUUCUAGCCAAUGCUCUCAAAGAUUCAGACAACCAACAUUUCGUACUGCUUUCUGAUAGCUGCAUACCACUUCGUAGUUUUGAUUUUGUGUAUGACUAUCUCAUGCAGACAAAUGUUAGCUUUGUAGAUUGCUUUGAGGAUCCUGGUCCUCAUGGAAGUGGCCGGUAUAUCAACUAUAUGUUACCUGAAGUAGAGAAGAAAGACUUUCGCAAAGGAUCCCAGUGGUUCACAAUGAAGCGGCAACAUGCUAUUGUAAUCAUGGCUGACAGUCUCUAUUUCAGAAAAUUCAGGGAGCACUGCAAGCCAGGCAUGGAAGGAGGACGCAACUGCUACUCAGAUGAACACUAUUUGCCAACAUUCUUCCAUAUGCUUGAUCCAGGUGGAAUAGCCAAUUGGUCAGUAACACAUGUUGAUUGGUCAGAAAUGAAGUGGCACCCAAAGUCAUACAAAUCACGGGAUGUUACCAUGGAGCUUUUGAGAAAUAUCACAUCUAUUUCAGAAAGUUUGCACGUAACAAGUGACAAAACGAGACAAGUCAAGCUUACACAGUGCUUAUGGAAUGGAGUCGAACGCCCGUGUUUUCUAUUUGCAAGGAAGUUCUUACCUGAAACACUGAAUAGGCUGCUACGUCUUUUCCCCAGUUAUACAUCUGUUGAGGCGGAUUGACGGCCAAUGAUAUGGAUUCUUUGGUCGAUUAAAGCCAUUGCAAUUGACCCAUUCAUCUCCAGUUAUAGUCUAGCUUCUGUUGUUAAGUGGUUCCAUGUCAAGUGCUAGUGGAGAUACAGAAGGUGAAGAAAUGGCCAACCUCGUUAUGAUAAUUUUAUUCGAGAUAUUUAUCCCUAUUUUUCUCAUAUUCAAAUUUUGUUUUCCUUCUAAAAUUGACAUUCCGAAAUGGGGAUGCUACAUAGUAGCAUAGUUGAGAUGUAAGAAACUUUCUAAUUGUUACUAUAUACAAGCUACUUUAA